UUUGCCUGUUGGGGGCAGUAUACAAUCUAACAACAAGGUCUACUACCGGAAAUUCAGAAAACGUUUCAACGAAGUGUUUUCAGCGUGCAGACUUCAGAGAGGAGGUACUAAGCCUGCCAUUAUUUGAUCAGGACUAAAAGGACAAGGCAGCACAGCCAGCCAGCCAGCAUUAACUGCUCCGUAGUUUACAGCCAGCCAAGUAGUCCUAGGCCCGGAACACCGUCAUCCAAGAUGGACUCCUGGGUUCGGUUCAAUACCCAGAGUCAAGCGAAGGAGAGAGUUUUGAGGGCUGCACAGUAUGCUUGCAUGUUGUUGGGCUACACUCUGCACAAAAGCAGUGUAGCCACUGACCUCCAAAGAACUAUCAGUGAACUGGAAGCACAUAUGAGCCUGACAAGAAAGUUGCUGCGUCUGGGGAACUCUGUAGAGGCUCUGCAGGCAGCCAAGAUGACCAUCCAUCUUUCUGACAGUGUUCUGAGGCUGUGCCUUACCAUUGGUCACCUGAACAGAGCCAUGUACUUUGCUUGUGACAAUGUUCUCUGGGCAGGGAAAAUUGGCAUAAUUUCCAAACUUGAUCAACAGAAAUGGAAUCAUAGAUCUUUCAGGUACUACCUAUUUGCUCUGAUUCUCAAUGUCACUCGAGAUGUGUAUGAACUCUGCCUGCUCCUGGACUGCGAGGAUUGUUACAGAAGUACCAAAUCACCAUUGUCUACUAGUCCCAGCAGUGCCAUCCCUGCUGACCAACUGUCUUCAUCAUCAUCUUCUUCCAUUCCAGUCACUGUAACUCCUGCUGUCAUGUGGGUCUGGCUCCGCAAACGCAUCCAUCAAGUAGGAACUGUCCUGUACAACAACCCACCACUCCUGUUGGACCUGCUGAAGAAUGGCUGUGAUAUUUUUAUUCCACUGGACAAGCUGGGGAUUUAUCAAACAGGCCCAGGCUUUGUUGGGACUUGUGGGUUGCUCUCAUCAGUCCUCUCUAUUGUCACAAUGCUCCAUCCAUGGCUAAAACUGAAGCCAUGAACCCAGAUAAACCACACACAAUGGGUCAUCACACCAAAUUCUGUGAAAGAAAGGGUUUCCUGCCAUCACUGUACCAUGUUAUGGUUCCAUCCAACAGCAGGUGGUUUAUCAUUCCAAAAAAAACAUAUCCUUGCUCCACCUGGGGCCAAAUACAGUAUAUAUAUAUAUAUAAAAAAAGAUACCAACAAAUGCAUGUCACUAAAACUGCACACACAGCAGAAAUGUUUGACACUUAAAUGUUCAUUUUUUAUUGGUUCAUUGGUUUAUUCGUUUUAUUGGAAAAUAUUAAUUUUUACAAAAACUCAUAAUAUCAGAAAGAUAGUUAAAUAUAGUUUCCAAACAUACAUAAAUCACAUAGCAGCACCUAUACACAGAGGUUUUUCGGUCUACCGACCAGUAAUUAAUCUCACUGGACAAUGUGACUUUCUCUUUAAAAUGUGCUGAGAAAGGUGGAUGGCUUUGUUGGAAAUUUAGUUUAGCAUCUGACCCCUAUUGUUGCAGUCUAAAUUUCAGUUUUUCCAAAAAAUUAUCAGGUACUAAUAUCCGAGAAAUAUUAUGUUAUUUCACACUAGCUUGAUACACCAUGACUUUUAACUCAUCAAUGUGCAACUAAAGCAUGUUAACAAGAUGCAUUGUCUAUUAUUCCUCUACCUUGUGGUUUUUCUCAGAUGAAAAACCACAAUGAUAACAUAUGUUAUGUUAUCAUAUAAAGUACCUGCCCUCCCCUUAUUUUUUUUCCAGGGGUUAGUUUGUCAAGGGAAAAAAAAUCGGGACUAAAAUUUGUUCAGAAAAAAGUAAAAGAUUUCAAACUUACAUCCUGGACACAGACUAUAUGUUUCAGCCAAGGAAACUUUGUUUACAUGGCUCCAGAAGAAACAUAUCAAGGUCAUGGAAUGGCUCCUGGCUAGUCUCCUGACCUCGAUCCCAUUGAAAAUCUAUGGAGAGAGCAGAAGCUUCGUGUUUACAAAUGCAUGCUUAAAAAUCUUAAGAAUUUGGUGAUGGGCCAAAAUUACUCCUGAAGUGUGUGCACACCUUAUAAAAAAAUCCCAACAAAAACUUCUUUCAUGCAUGUAUAACCUACUGACUUCUGUGCUUUCCAAGGGUUUUGCCACCAAAUAUUAAAUGAUGUUUCACUGGGGGGGAGGGGGGGAGGGUCAAAUACUUACUUCCUUCAAUAGAAUUCAAAUUAUAGAUUUUUUCUCAUUUUAUGUAAUUUUCUGUUUUUCUUGUGAUAUUAUGUGUCACUGUUAAAAUAAAGCUGGCAUAAAAUUUUGAUUAUAUACAUAUACUGUAUAUAUGUAAAAAUGUUUCAUUCAUUUUUUGUGUAAUUUUUUUAAAAAGUCAGUGGGGGAUCAAAUACUUAUUUCCUCCGCUGUAAGUAAACAUAGAAAAAGGUUGAACAAAUAUGUCAAGAAUAUUUUUAUGCAUUUCCAUUAGACUUUCUAACUUUUGCCUGAACUGAUAUUUUUACUUUUUUGUGCUCUUUUUUUCCUUCUAUCAAUGACAUGAUCUGUCAAAUUGCUGAACAAAGUAAAAGUGAAUGUGAA